AAACUCGCGAGGAACCGAAGGAACCACGAAAUUCAAAAGAUUAGCAAAGGCCAAAGUCACUGCCAAAACACAAACGGUUUUUAAAGUGGUGUUAAUAAUACGGAAUUUUUUCUCUACCGAAAAAGGAAUAGUGUUAUGUCGUACUUAUCAAAUUUUACAGCCGACACAGGUAAAACCAUUUUGAUCGAUGUUUUGAAAACGGUAAACCAAUCGGAAAAUGCGAAGAAACUGUCGGAGGCUAAGGCUAACUCAGGCAAGGAAAUGAUCAAAAUGAUGCAGUACGUCUUCCCACUUGUAAUGCAGCUGCAGAUUACCGUCAUCAAGGAAUACGGGUUCCCACCAAACCGGGAAGGAUUGGUUCAAUUCGAGCAAAUUAUUCGGGAAUUCGAACGAGAGGAUGUGGAUAUCGCUAGGCUGCGAUCGCAAAUACGAUCGAUCUAUCUGCCUCCAAUAAAUAUUAACAGCACUAAUGAUGUGUUGAUUUAGGAUGCAUAUUUGCUAACUGCGUGGACGUCAUAUGUAUUAGCCACGUCUUAUUUGUAUUUUAAGCAUAGCAUGGAGAGAGUUAUUCGCUUUCAUAGUUGCUUCGAACUCAGAACAUUUAUAUUUAUUCAAGACUGAAAACCUACAAAUAAUAACCAGUUUAUAUAUGAUCGUGAAAAUGAAAUGUAAUACUGAAAUAACGUUUGAAACUGCCAGCAAAAUAUGAACACAGACAGCGAAUAUGCUGUUAACAUUGAAGACUCAACUUUCGUUAUUCUUGGUAUAUUUUAUAGCGCGUAGAUUUAUGAUUAAGCAAUUUAACUAUA